GGACCUGGAGACGCUGCUGCCGAAUCCGACGCCUGGUGCUCGCUACUCUGGAGGCACUCCUUUGGACUUACAACUAUGAAACCUACAGAGUGGAACACCGUGAUGCUUCUGCUGUUGGGCAUAUGAUGAGGAGGAGAGGUUGGCUUUGGAGUGUGGGGAGCCUGAGUCAUUGCUGAGCACUUGGAGCCCAGCCCAACUACUGGAGAGCCCACAACACCAUGAACAAACUGAACUUCCACAACAACAGAAUCAUGCAGGACCGCCGCAGCGUGUGCAUCUUUCUUCCUGAUGAUAAGUCUUUGAACAUCAUCAUAAAUGUUAAAAUUCUAUGUCACCAGUUGCUGGUCCAGGUGUGUGACCUGCUCAGGCUAAAGGAUUGUCACCUCUUUGGACUCAGUGUUAUACAAAAUAAUGAACAUGUAUAUAUGGAGUUGUCACAAAAGCUUUAUAAAUAUUGUCCAAAAGAAUGGAAAAAAGAGGCCAGCAAGGUACGACAAUACGAAGUCACUUGGGGCAUUGACCAGUUCGGGCCUCCCAUGAUCAUCCAUUUCCGUGUGCAAUACUAUGUGGAGAAUGGCAAAUUGAUCAGUGACCGAGCAGCAAGAUACUUUUAUUACUGGCACCUGAGAAAACAAGUCCUGCACUCUCAGUGUGUGCUCCGAGAGGAGGCCUACUUCCUGCUGGCAGCCUUUGCUCUGCAGGCCGAUCUUGGGAACUUCAAAAGGAAUAAGCACUGUGGAAAGUACUUUGAGCCAGAGGAUUACUUCCCCUCGUGGGUUGUUUCCAAGAGGGGGAAGGAAUACAUCCUGAAGCACAUUCCAAACAUGCACAAAGAUCAGUUUGCACUGACCGCUUCUGAGGCACAUCUGAAAUACAUCAAAGAGGCCGUCCGACUCGAUGACGUCGCUGUCCAUCACUACAGGCUCUACAAGGAUAAAAGGGAAAUCGAAGCUUCGCUGACCUUAGGAUUGACCAUGCGAGGAAUACAGAUUUUUCAGAAUUUAGAAGAAGAGAAACAGUUACUUUAUGAUUUCCCCUGGACAAAUGUUGGAAAGUUGGUAUUUGUGGGCAAGAAGUUUGAGAUUUUGCCGGAUGGCCUUCCCUCUGCCAGGAAGCUGGUGUACUACACAGGAUGUCCCACACGCUCCCGGCACCUCCUGCAGCUGCUGAGCAACAGUCACCGCCUCUACAUGAACCUGCAGCCAGUCCUGCGCCACCUCCGAAAGCUGGAGGAGAAUGAAGAGAAGAAGCAGUACCGGGAAUCCUACAUCAGUGACAACCUAGACCUGGACAUGGACCAGCUGGAAAAGAGGUCACGGGCCAGUGGGAGCAGUGCUGGCAGUGUGAAGCACAAGCGCCUGUCUCGCCACUCCACCACCAGCCACAGCAGCUCCCACACCUCGGGCAUUGAAGCAGAUACUAAGCCCCGGGAUCCAGGGCCAGAAGACAGCUGCUCAGGCAGUGCCAUGCAUCGCAAGCUGAAGACCUGCAGCUCCAUGACCAGCCACGGCAGUUCCCACACCUCCGGGGUAGAAAGUGGCGGCAAAGACCGCCUGGAAGAGGACUCGCAGGAUGAUGAAAUAGAGAUGUUGGUCGACGACCCCAGAGACCUGGAGCCAAUGAAUGAAGAGUCGCUGGAAGUCAGCCCCGACAUGUGCAUCUACAUCACGGAGGACAUGCUUCUGUCACGGAAGUUGAACGGCCACUCUGGGUUGAUUGUUAAAGAACUUGGCUCUUCAACCUCCAGCUCUUCAGAGACAGUUGUCAAGCUUCGUGGACAGAGUACCGAUUCUCUACCACAGACUAUAUGUCGAAAACCAAAGACUUCCACUGAUCGACAUAGCCUAAGCCUUGACGACAUCAGACUGUACCAGAAAGACUUCCUGCGCAUUGCGGGUCUGUGCCAGGACACCGCUCAGAGUUACACUUUCGGGUGUGGCCAUGAACUGGACGAGGAGGGCCUCUACUGCAACAGCUGCUUGGCUCAGCAGUGUGUCAACAUCCAAGAUGCUUUUCCUGUCAAGAGAACCAGCAAAUACUUUUCUCUGGAUCUCACCCAUGAUGAGGUUCCGGAGUUUGUUGUAUAAAGCCCGCUUGCGUGUGGCUGCUGUUUGCUGGAGGUGUGGAAGUCCUCAGUUCUUUACAUAUUGUGCCAUAUUUUUUCACCCCAAACUUAGCUCUUUCUUUAUAAUAUUUGUGAUGGAAAUAAAGCCUUGGGACAAUUGCACUUUAAGUUUCAUGCAGAGGCGAAUGAAGUACAGAGAAUGUACAGAAAGACAAGCACCCAGAUGUUUAUGACCCUUUGGAAGGAAGUGUGCUUACUGCUUAUGAAGCUUUGAGACUGUUAGACUGUGGUGUUUGCUCAUCGGUUGUUUUCUCCUUCUGAUACAGUUUUUUAUCACGUGGAAGAUGUUAGGCUUGUGUGCUUAUCAAUUUUUUAGCUACUCCCUCAUGAAAUGCUCAGUGUUUUUUGGGAGGAGAGAGGGAAGUUUUCUCUGUAAUGGAGAGCCAUUCUUAGAACACAGCCAUUGCUGCCUCAUGAGGCUGUCCCAAAGUGAACACUGACGAAGUCGUUGGGGUCGUGUGGUUCCAGCCAAAGAUGCGAAUGUAACAGAAGCGCCGCUCAGAGUCCAGAAGAUAUGUGCUGGGACACCUGUGGCUCCUUCAUGCCUAACCAAUGCCAUGUCCACUGUUUUACUCUUCUGGAAAGCUCUGGGAUUCAGUUGUCCUCAUGACAUGGUGCAUUUUGCAGAGUUUACAAUACUGGUAUGUGUUAAAACAAUGGAAAUGUCUUUGGAGAUGUUUAUAUGUUUGGUGGUACUUUUUUUUCUUGUUUUUUAAUUAUGGUCAACAAAUUAUGGUAAUGCUAGUUUCUGCUUAAACAAGAUACAUAUCCUAACUAUAUGUGUAUGUUACACAUGUAUAGAUACAUGGGACUGUGUGUGUUUAAAGCUUACUGACUUCAUUUUGACUUCCAUGACUAUCUUGCAUAUAUAGAAUUCCUUGUUUAAUGUUGAAGAUACAUCAUGGGAAGAAUGGUAGCCGCAGACAAUCAGAUGAUACAUGUGAAGUGAAGAGUGACUUUUCUCAUGUGCCUUUGGCCAUGAUUCUCAACCCUGGUUGCAUAAUAGAACUGUGUAGGGAGCUUUUAAAAAUGUCUGGGUCCCACCCAGGCCAAUUAAAUCAGCAGCUUGUGGGUGAGGCGCAAGUGAAAUUGCCUUUCCUUUGAGUUUCCCAAGUGGAGCUAAUGGAAAGCAGGGUUAGAAACCACUGACGAGGACUGUCUUUUUAUUCAUUAUGAAGUAAAAGUAGACCAAGGAUGUUCACAUCUGAGAAUGGGCCAUUUUUAGGAUAGUUACUGCCGUACUGCUGUUACAGUGUAUAAUGAAACCAAGUCAGGAGAAUGAGUUGAUCAACUUUUGAUGUACAGUGAAAAUUUGCUCAUGUUUCAGGAGAGAACUUCAUAGCACAAUGUCUUUCUAUGAGAUGUUUUUAAUGAUUUAGUAUUUUACAACAUUUGUUUACCAUAUUUUGAUAUACCAUUUUUGCUAUCCGACAAGUUUUAUUAAAAAAAACUAUAUAUUAUUUUCUAAAGAAGCUCAUAUUUUUGUACCAAAUUAUGUUUUCAAGUAACGAAGAAAUAGAUUUAGGGUAGAGCAGAACAUAAGCAGUGUUCCCUGUGGAUGGGUGUCAGUAUUAUAAACCUACGGCAGGUGCCAGGAGCACGUCCGCCCUGCCCUCCCGAGCAGGCGGCACCAGCAGAACCCCACCUGGUUACUUUCACCUGACACUUUAAAAGGAAAAAAGGUUCUGUGUAGUUCUGUGUUCAUAAAAUUAUUUUGCUUUUGUCAAAUGCUUUAAAAGAACCAAAGUUUCAGAUAUCAGAAUGUAUAAAAGUAUAUCUGUGUCCUUACAAAAGGAUAAAAGUCUGAAGGGACUGCUUAAUGAUUUUAAUUACUAGUUAAGUAAUCUGCCAUUUUUUAGGGAUGUUUAGGAGACAGCUGUUGAAGUCUGUGCUCUGCAGAACCCAGGUCUCUAUGCAGAGUUUCCAUAGCCCGAAGCAUUUCUUACAGAUAUAAAGACAAAAGUUGCUUAAUUGAAUAGGUCAUUUUUGUACUUUCUUUGCACUCUGCUCCGUCCACAAUCCAGACUUCAGGGCUUUGUUGGCAUUGGUGUUUUGCACACCCUCUUUCUAAUGGGAUUUAUGAAUAUUCUUACAGAUUUUCAGAAAUGAAACAUGCUAGGGAUUAUUUUUGGUUUCUGAUCCGUGGUCAGCAGUAGAAUUAUAUAUAGACAUGUGUAUGAAAAUUCAUUUUGGAUAAUCCACAUUUUGUAUUUGGAAAUUUGUUUUUAAAAAUAAAGGAAAAGAAUAGUAUAACGCUGUUAUUUAUUCUGCACUUGUUACAUAUGCGUUGCUGGUAAGUACACCAGUUGGUCCAUGCUGCCUCUCCACAUCAUUUGUAUUUGCAACAUUGAGCUUUAUAUCUACAUAAGCUGUAAAUAAUCCUUUCUGUGAAAGGAUCAUAUUGGAUGAUAACUAAAAGUAUGUAAAAACUGCAUUAUUUUGUAAUUAUUUCUUAUAGGUGUUUCAUGGUAAGAGCAGUCAAUAAAGUUAACUUUUUUGGCUUUAA